GAAAGGAAACCAACACAAUGGCGGCGAGCGACAAGUCCACGAAAGAGAAGCUGCUGUCGGCGCUGAAUGAUAUCGAGGUUUUGUCCCGAGAAUUGAUAGAGAUGCUUGCGCUGUCACGGACCCAAAAGCUCCCACAGCCCGGCGAGGACACGCAGGUGCUGGAGCUGCUGGUUCAGAGGGACAAAGAGUUCCAGGAGCUGAUGCAGACGGCCGUGGAGCAGGGCAGGAUUCACCAGGAGAUGCAGCAGCUGGAGAAGGAAGCAGAGAAGAGGGACAGCGACAUCCAGCUCCUGCAGAAACAGCUCAAAGAGGCGGAGCACAUCCUGGCUACUGCCGUGUACCAGGCCAAAGAGAAGCUCAAGUCCAUUGAGAAGGCCAGAAAAGGCAGCAUCUCUUCAGAGGAGAUCAUUAAGUAUGCCCACAGGAUAAGUGCCAGUAAUGCAGUCUGCGCUCCUCUUAACUGGGUCCCAGGUGACCCCCGGAGGCCGUACCCCACCGAUCUGGAGAUGCGCAGCGGCAUGCUGGGCCACAUGAGCAACCUGCCUACUAACGGCGUGAACGGCCACCUGCCGGGAGAUGCACUGGCUGCAGGGAGAUUGCCAGACGUGCUCACUCCUCAGUAUCCCUGGCAGUCCUCCGACGUUUCCAUGGGGAUGCUGCCCCCUCACCACGGCAACGAUUUUGGCCUGGAGCCCCCGGGCCACAACAAGGAGAAUGAGGAUGACGUGGAGGCCAUGAGCACUGACUCCUCCAGCAGCAGCAGCGACUCUGACUGAGCGAGAGGGAGGGAAAGUUCUUCCCUGCUUUCUUACGAGUUUAUAGAUCCUUCCAUUAGGUAAGCGUUAAAAGCAGUAAAGUGAUCAUUUGGCCAAAAAUCUAAUUUACACACCGGACCCCUCUGACCAUAAAUGUAGUCCGUCAUCCUGAACAUGUUUGAUGUCUGAAAUUUGCUUGUUUAAAUGGUGCGUUUCAAGCUCUCCUCGCCUCUGGAGCUCUUGCAGGCAUUGUAUAUUUGCAGUGAUGUCGCAGGAGAACUGGUGGAUCAUACGUCCCAAUAAAGAUCAUAAAUACGACAUUAUCAGUGCCGUUUCGUCUCACAACCCGAGGUGAAAUUAUCUUUAGGCUACAGCAGCUGUAAGAGUUUGAGAAUUCGGGCAUGUUUUGGAACAUUUUGCACCCUUUUAUUCUGUUACGUUCGUCCAAAUUGAAUUGAUUUCUGUAUUUCAGCCUCUUUUUGGCUGGUGAUUGGAUCUAGUUUAUUUGUACCCGUGUGUGUGUGUGUGUGUGUGUGUGUGUGUGUGUUUACAUAAACACUGCUCACUCAGUCUUUGCCUGCUCAGCUGUUAUGUAAAUAGUGCUGUAAAUAUGUUUGAAAACUUGUAAAUAAAGUUUGCCUUUGUUAUAAUA